UUUUUCAUCUGUGACAACUGUCAAAUAUCAAUGGCGGACGUUGAUCGCAGCAACAAAACAUUUUAGCACGUUUAUUAGAAAAUUGUCUAUACAAAGCAAAAUACAUGCAAAAUAGUCCAUUCUAACAAAAUAGAAGUUGAAAAAUGUCCACUGUUGUGUCGGACUGCUUCACAAUCGGGAGUAUUGUGGCGACGAGAACAUGUUACAAUGAAGAAAUAGAAGGAGAAGUUUUAGCUUUCGAUCCUCAAACUAAGAUGCUGAUUCUCAAGUGUCCGUCUUCCAGCGGGAACCCAAAACGCCAUGACGUUAAUAUUGUCAAUUUAUCGUUGGUCAGCGACGUGCAAAUCAAGAAAGAAGUGACUACUGUACCAGAGCCACCACAGUCACUAAACCUCCAUAGACUUAAUACUAGAGUUAGGAAUUCCAUCGAAAAUAAGAAAAGAUUAGUGACAGCACUGGCGGCGUGCCUAGAUCCCGAGGGGCAGAAGCUGUUCCUGGCCAUCACAAGGGUCAUUGAUGAUGUCACGUGGGUGGGGCAGAACAUAAGGGUCUACAAUGAGGUCACAAUCACUCCACCUUAUAAGGUAGAAAAUGUAAUAGGUGAUCUUGACUCGAAACCUUAUAACUACAUUAAAAAAGUAGUUGAAAAACAUUGGCGCGACCAAAGAGAGAGCUCGGCUAACAGCAGUCAACAUCAAUAAGAAAAAAAGAAAUAAAAAAAAAACAGAUUAUCAAAU